AGGUGUUCAAACACUAUGAUACAGAACCAUGUCGCCCCACAAACACGACCUGAUUGAGCUCGAAAAUCUCCCGUCAUUUGCUCUCUCGUUCAGCUCUGCAUGUUCGUGCCCUUUGCUAGAACUUUUCCGCCAAAGGUACCACACGCAUCUUCCUCCAGACACGCUUAGGCUAGGGUUGGUCCUCGCCAACAUCUUCCUCAGAUGCACUCAGAAUUGUCACACCCUUUAGUCAAGGUCAGAAACUCCCAGUCAUACCUGUUUUGGAGUGCAUUGUGUGGGUUGGGGAAGGCAUUCGUCUUCUUUUGCCCAUUCCCGACUGCGGCACUAGCAUAGCCGUUAUCGCAAUAGCUACCACCAGGGGCGGCGACAGCGAUACAAGCCUUAGAAGUCGUUUUGAGUAUGCCGUGCUACCACACGAGCAAGAAUGCAAUGCCCACGCUGGAGUAGAUUCGAAUGCGUACGGGCGCGUUUGGGUGCGAGACUAAACACCAUCAGUAACGUUUACAUGAGGAGACGUAAAUGCGACAAAGGACCGGGAGGAAGG